AUGUGCCAAUCCUCUUUCAAAUCCAUUUGUAGAGAAAAAUACUGUGAUGAUAUUUGCAGCUUCGUUCCCAUUCUGGAAUAUGUAGCCUCUAACCGCACUUCUCUGCUUGGCCUGCAGGGGGAGCGUGUGUGGCUGCGGGAGGAUGAGCAGUACCUGCCCAGCACCGUGUCGUCCUGCGCCGGCGGAGUGGUCGUCUUCUCCACCGACUACGGACAGGUGUACACGUACAAGCAGAACGCUCUGACGCGACAGAAGGUGCAGCCCAUGCACCUGAGCUCAGUGCGCUCUGUGGAGGACAUGUCUGCUCUGGACGACCUGCACGACGGAGCCAUUAUGUACAACCUGUACCUGCGCUACCAGCAACGCCUCAUCUACACCUACAUCGGCUCCAUCCUGGCGGCGGUGAACCCCUACCAGACGCUCCCGGGGCUGUACGACCGCGCCGCCGUGGACCGCUACAGCAGCCAUCACCUGGGAGACAUCAGCCCGCACAUCUACGCUCUGGCCAACGAGUGCUACCGCGCGCUGUGGAGGAGGCCCUGCAACCAGUGUGUGCUCAUCAGCGGGGAGAGUGGAGCGGGUAAGACGGAGAGCACUAAGCUGAUCCUGGGCUUCCUGUCAGCCAUGAGCCAACACUCGCAGGAGCUGGCUUCCAGAGACCGGACGUCCCACGUGGAGGCCGCCCUUCUGGAGAGCAGUCCGAUCAUGGAGGCCUUCGGGAACGCCAAAACCGUCUACAACAACAACUCAAGUCGUUUCGGGAAGUUUGUCCAACUUCACUUCAGCCAAAAAGGAAACAUCCAGGGAGGACGCAUCGUAGACUACCUCUUAGAAAAAAAUCGAGUUGUGCGUCAGAAUCCCGGAGAGAGAAACUACCACAUCUUCUACGCUCUGUUGGCUGGAACCAACUCGCAGCAGAAAGAGGCCUUUUCUUUGUCCUCUCCGGAAAACUACCACUAUCUCCGUCAGUCGGGCUGCAUCAACGACCAGACGAUCAACGAUAAAUGCACUUUUAAUGACAUUCUGAAUGCAAUGCGCACCAUGCAGUUCACUGAGGAGAACAUAGCGGAGGUUUUGCGUCUCCUCUCCGGGAUUCUCAACGUGGGGAACAUCGAGUUUGAGACAGCAGGGGGCGCUCAAGUCGCCACCAAAUCAGCUCUGAGUCGCACGGCGGAGCUGCUGGGGCUGAACUCGGAGCAGCUGUCGGAGGUGCUUACUCACCGCUCCAUGAUCCUGAGGGGGGAGGAGAUCUGCACACCUCUCACUGUGGACCAGGCGGUGGACUCUCGGGACUCGAUGGCGAUGGCACUUUACUCCCAGUGUUUCAACUGGAUCAUCCACAAACUCAACACCCGCAUCCAGGGAAAGAACGACUUCCGCUCCAUCAGCAUCCUGGACAUCUUCGGCUUCGAGAACUUCGAGCUGAACCGAUUCGAACAGUUCAACAUCAACUACGCAAACGAGAAGCUGCAGGAGUAUUUCAACAAACACAUCUUCUCCUUGGAGCAACUGGAAUACAACAAAGAGGGUCUGGUCUGGGCGGACAUCGACUGGAUGGACAACGGAGAGUGCCUGGAUCUGAUCGAGAAGAAACUGGGUCUUUUGGCUCUUUUGAACGAGGAGAGCCACUUCCCCAAAGCCAGCGACGGGACCCUGCUGGAGAAACUGCACUGUCAGCACUCUAAAAACCCGUUCUACGUGAAGCCUCGAGUCGCAGUGCACUAUUUUGGAGUGAGGCACUACGCAGGAGAGGUGGUGUACGACGUCAGAGGAAUGUUGGAGAAGAACAGAGACACGUUCAGGGACGACAUCCUCAACCUCCUCCGAGAGAGCAGGUUGGACUUUGUGUAUGAUCUGUUCGAACACGUUGUGAGUCGUAACAAACAGGACACUCUGAAGAGCAGCACGAAGCACCGCCGUCCGACCGUCAGCUCACAGUUCAAGGACUCUCUCCACUCUCUCAUGGCCACGCUCAGCACUUCCAACCCCUACUUCAUCAGAUGCAUUAAACCAAACAACCACAAGACCUCACCCAGACCUCACCCAGACCUCACCCAGACCUCACCCAGACCUCACCCAGACCUCACCCAGACCUCACCCAGACCUCACCCAGACCUCACCCAGACCUCACCCAGACCUCACCCAGACCUCACGCAGACCUCACCCAGACCUCACCCAGACCUCACGCAGACCUCACCCAGACCUCACCCAGACCUCACCCAGACCUCACCCAGACCUCACCCAGACCUCACCCAGACCUCACCCAGACCUCACCCAGACCUCACCCAGACCUCACGCAGACCUCACGCAGACCUCACGCAGACCUCACGCAGUCCUCUCCCAGUCCUCACCCAGUCCUCACCCACCCCUUCUCCCAGUCCUGGUCUGUGUUUUAUCCUGACUCAGAUUCCCAGAUCUUCAUAA